AUGAGUGGCCUUGUUAGAAUAGGUGUGGCUUCGUUGGAAGAGAGCGCAGGUAUAUGUAGCACACUCUUCGUCCAAUAUUGCAUCUGCUUCAACUACAAGAGGCAGAGUGGCCCCAGCUUCAAGAACAAAGAAAAUCAGAAGCUUGCCAGGGAGAGAGGCGAUCUGUCCAAAUCGGCUGACCUUAGGGACGCUGGAGCUGUUCAGAGAUUCUUCCUUGAAGAAACACACCUCAGUGAAGAGUUCUUGGUGCACGGGGGCGAUGAGAAGGGUGUAGGCCUCCUGGCCAAUGUCACUGCUGUGCGUGCACAGCCUUGGCAGCUGCUUCUAGGGUUACAGCAGGCUCUCCCAGCACCCCAGUUCCAGAUGCUCCUGACCAAGCUCUCAGUCAGCAGUCAGAGAACUGUAAGUGCGCAGAGCUUGACCUAA